UUAAUCUAUCAUUUCAUCUUUUUUAUUAACAGUUUCAUUCGAAAACACUGAUUUGUCAAAUCAAAAAUGUAUUUCUAUAAUUUUAUUGUUAUAUAUCUAGCAAUUAGUAUUUCAAACGGAUUUUUUUUUAGAGAUCCACCAUUGAAUAAGAACGGAAAAUUAAAUACCGAAAGCAAGGAUUUCUUAAUAAAAUAUUUUAAUGCGAAUAAAACAAAUAGACAUUUGACCUAUGAGAGUUUUACAAGACUAUUUAACAGUUAUAAAUGGCUACAUGGUAUGGAGGAUAGUGAUAUCGACAAAUUAUUCACGGAUGAAGUCAAAAGCAAAAAAGGAUUAAUGAAAUUGAAUACAUUUUUGAAACAAUCGACGGAGUGUAUCAAAAAAACUGAGUCUCUGUAUACGUUGCGUUAUAAUAAUUCUCUCAACGAAGAAAAGAAGAUGACUUUAAAUGAAUUAAAAAAAGCUCUUUUAGUAAAAGAACUCGGUAUCGCAGAAGAACUUGUUACUACAUUAAUAACAGAUUACAAUUUUACAAACGAACAAGAUAUCAGCUUUAUAGAAUUCAGAAAAAUAUUUAUGUUAAUAAUAUAUGGCCAUAACUUAAUCAAACCAAUUAAAAAUGAUUUAUAAGAUAUGAAAGGAAUAAAUUAACUACAAAUAUAUUUAGAAUUUUAAUACAAAUUAUUACGUUAUAAAUGUUUUCUAAAUUAUUUGAUAGUAUAAAAUAUUUAAAGAAUACAUCAUAAGACAAGAUAUUAUUUUACCAGACUAGAUAAAUAAAAAAGUCAAAAAUGUGUUUUAAU